CAGUCAGUCAUUACAAAUGUAGCCUUAAAGUGAAACUCGCGCAUCUUAAUCUCUUCGCUUGUUGCGCGCCUGAUAAAAAUAAAAUUCUUUUAAUAACAUUUUAAAUUAAAAUAGACGCAAGUUUAAACUUAAAAAAAAACAAGGAAAAUUUAAAAAUAUUUUAAUGUGCCAUCACAAAUUUAAUUUCUUUAGAAAUUUCAAUAAGUCAUAAAAGAAGAGAAGAUAAUAAAGUCAUUACUGAUCACACUUGAUCAACACCGACUAAAAGCAUCUACAAAUUUCCAUAUUUUCAAUGGGGUGAAGUAAAUAAAUAAGUUUGAUUGACCAUCGAGUAUCCAUCAACACAAAAGAGGAAGAAAAACUAAGAAAAGGAUUUUUAACAAGCAAAGGCAUUGACGAAACAGACUCUUAGGAGUUAAGAAGCAGCCGAAUUAAUAACUUAAUCUGGAGACUUAAAAGAACAAAUCAAAUGAUUUUCUCAGUUCAUCACGACUUAAAUUAUUUGUUAGUUUUAGUUUGAAUUGAAAAGUCAACCAAAUAUUUUCACAAUGUUGCAAGCACUUGGAUCAAACACGAAGACGAACAUCUCGUAUGUGAUGUUUGGUGGCUGCUGCUUUUUAAUCGUUGGCGCUUUUUUUGUCGCACGAAUGGAAAGAAUUGAAUUUGACGAGACUUACGCAUAUUGCGCAACUGUUUAUUAUUCACCUAAGACGGGAUAUCGAGUUGAGUAUUGGGGACAAAGAAACGAUUUUGAAAGAAUUAGCACGGGAUGUGCUCGUGCAUGUUAUAAAGAUCAGAAGCAUUCGAAUGGAUUGGCCUUUAUUGAAAUUGAGACUCAAUCAGGAUACAACGAUCAUCAUCAAGCAUUCUGUGCGGGUAUUUUGGAAGGUUCACUAACAUGGAUGAACAUUUAUGCGCAAUGGACGAACACAAUUGAAUCAUUUUGUAGGAAAAGCAAUGAAAACCAAAAGUUCUGCAUUUGGCUGCGUGAUAUUGUGAAUACAAACUAUCAAAAUGUUUUGACAUUAGCAAAAGACAAUCACAAGACGGAUAAUUAUCAUCACCAAAUAUUUUUAUUUUAUCAACAACUGAUAGGCAUCGAAACUGGUUUCAAGAAAGGUGUUGAACGUGCAAGACGUGAAUUUGAAAUUCCAUUCGUUGAUUUCAUUCUCUUAAACUCACGUAUUGACAUUCAAGAUCUUAAAAUUUAUUACAAUGAAUUUGUUGCUAAUGACGAGAAAAAUGAAGUUGAGAUCAUGCCGAGAGUUGGUCAAAUGAUUUUGAAAGUUUUAUCAAACGACAUGGGCCAACCAAAGAUUCUUGUUGGUCACAGUGCAGAUGGUGAUUACAAUUCAAUGCUGAAGAUUGUUAAAACAUAUCGUUUUAAGUUUCAUCAAGGUCCUGAUGCUUCAAGUCGAUUAGUUGCCAACACUGACAUCACUUUUUCUAGCUACCCAGGGGCGAUCACGUCUUCUGAUGACUUCUAUCUUGCUUCUGGUAAACAUAGUCGAAUAAUUAUUUCUGGAGUCUCUUUGAAGCAUCAUGAAUCAUCACAACUUCUUCAUGGACUUGAUCUAGAGGGAACAGUUUUCUUAGCAGCUCGUGUUAUGGCAGCAAAUCGAUUAUCACAUAAUGGAAAGUUUUGGUCAAAAGUUAUGGCUCGUGAUCCUGACAUUGGUGCUAAACAGUGGCUUAUAAUUGACGAGAAGAGACUGAAAUUUCUCACCGAUAAUUCAUCAAAAGAUGAUGAUAAUGAAAUGCCGUCGACAAUUAACAAUAAUGAUAUUCCAUCUGAUCAGCCCUCAUCACCAACAUUGUCAUCUAACCGAAAUAUCAUUUGGUUAAUUGAUCAAACAUGGCAACGUCUUCAUGCUGAAGAUGUUACAAAAAUAUUCAUAAAUGAUUCGUUUGGAUGGAAACUCGACGGAACUCCUUUCUUCAAAGUUAUUCAAGAGCUUAAUGGACUCAUGGCAAAAGACAAUAAAUUUAAUUCUAAUUUGGAGAGUGUCGAUGAUGUUGCAAAAGUUCUGAAAGAAAAAGCUCAUCGUGGUGACUUAAAAGCUUUCGGAAACAUCGAUAUGAAAAUUUAUUCAUCUGCAAAUGAAGAACUUUUGGUACAAACCGGACCAUUAACAUCACAAGAUGUUCAACCUUUCAACUGGAACGCAAACAAUUUAAAUAAUUACCGUCAUGAUGAGCAUCCAAUUCUGUGGAAUUUUCCAUCCGUUCAAGUGCAAUUCUUAUGGAACUGAAAACAAUUUUUAAAAUAUUAAAUAAAAAAGUUUUAAAUUUUCUUUCGAUUUUCUUUGAAACAAAAA